UUAGAUAUUUUACAUCGUAACGUCACAUGGCAACUGGUCUAUCGCAAUUUACAACUCACCAAACAGUUAUCCAAAGCUGAGAUGCCGGGAGGCAAUCGAAAGCCAUGGCCUCAGAAGAAGACUGGCCGUCAUCAUGCUGGCUCAAUACGUUCCCCACACUUUCACCUUGGCGGGUUCGCAAAUGGUGUUCGUGGUCCUCGCACGUGGUUCUAUAUGUUACCGGAUGCAAUUCGAUUAAAAGGUCUUUGCGUAGCUCUGACCAUCAAGCACGUUCAGAAUGAUCUGGUGAUCGUCGAUGAUUUUGCAUCAUUGCCCAAUUCUGAACCGCAGUUCCUUAAUGACUUGGCUGAUGCACGCAACUGGGGCUAUUCAGUGCUGUUUGUUACGGACUCAUCUCAGGUGCCGCAGAAUUUGGUGGAUGCAUGCGAAUCGAUCCCAUCGUUUACGAUAAUGCCAAUUUAUGGUCUGAAUUGUUACAGUAUCAUGAAAUACGAAACGGUCGUAUUGAGUCGAUUGGCACUCGAGAUUCUCGAGUAUCGUAUACUCUAUCAUAAACAUCGUGCUGAGACUCUACAAAAGAAAUACAAAUAUUCGGAUAUGAAGAAAUUGAUUUUGAGCGAAGCCGAAAAAGAGAUUGAUCCCGUUCACGCGCCAUUUAUUUGA